UCACCCAGACCGACGGAAAUGGCCCUCAAUCGCACCAGCAAACUCACCACCUGGUUCCCCCAGGCCCAGCAUCCCAUCAUCAUCAGCGCCCCGAUGCUGGGCACCUCCAACGCCACCCUCGCAGCCGAGGUCUCCAAGGCAGGCGGGAUUGGUAUAAUCCCAGCGGGCUUCAACUUCGCCCCCUCCUCCCCGCACCUCUCCGCCCUGGACGAGCAACUCACCACUGCCCGCACCGUCCUCGACCCCAUCCUACCACCACCACCACCCCCUUCCGAUGCCCCCGGCCCAACCCCCCAACCACCACCGCUGCCCCGCCUCCCCGUCGGCGUGGGCUUCAUCCUCUGCGACCCGGCCCGCUCCUUCGCGCGCCACUUCCUCGCCACCGCCCUGCCCCUGCUGCGGCGCCACCGGCCCGCCGCUGUGUGGCUGUUCGCGCCGCUGCCGGAGGACGAGGACGAGGACGCAGCCGGCGACGGCGAGGACGACGGCAGCGACGGCGGUGACGGGGAUGACGGGACGGUGGUGCUGGCCCGCGUGGUGGCGGCGCUGAAGCGCGAGGGGUUCCUGGUCAUGGUGCAAGUCGGCACGGUGGCGAGCGCGGCGCGGGCGGUGGCGCACGGGGCGGACGUGCUGGUCGUGCAGGGCGUGGAUGCCGGCGGGCACCAGUUUGCUGCCGGGGCCGGGGUGGUGAGCUUGGUGCCUGAGGUGGCGGACUGGUUGAGGCGGGAGGGGAAGGAGGGGGAGGUGGUGGUUGUGGCGGCCGGGGGGAUUGUGGAUGGGCGUGGGGUGGCGGCUGCGUUGGCGUUGGGGGCUGAGGCGGUGGUGAUGGGGACCAGGUUCAUCGCGGCGGAAGAGGCCUGGACGCCCGAGUUUCGGAAGAAGCUCAUCCUUGAAGCGACAGACGGCGGACCGUCAACUGUCAAAACGUCCGUCCUCGACGACAUCCAGAGCACAGCUAUCUGGCCGGGCAUCUACGAUGGUCGUGGCCUCAUCGGCAAGUCCUGGCAGGACCACCUCGCAGGAAUGUCUGUGGAAGAGAACAUCCGGCUGUUCAAGGAGGCGGACAAGGCUGGGGACACGUCGCGGAAGAUCACCUGGGCGGGCACCGGCGUGGGCUUGGUCAGAGACGUGCGGCCGGCCGGGGACAUCGUCAGGGAGGCAAGACAGGACGCCAUUGACAGGAUCCGGAGACUGCAAUCUGUGGUGUAG